UCAUAAAAAAAAGAUCUGAUACCCCUUCUUCUUCACUUUGAAUUGGUUGUCUUGUCUUUCUCUCCCUCCCUCCCUCCUGACUCCAUUCUGAUCCUCUCUUGUCACUCUCACUCUGCCACUGUACUAGUACAUUACCAGUACUAGAACCAAUUCAUCAGGCAACCAUUCUUGUGUAAUCUUCCCUCUGCAUUUGUUAGUUCGCGCUGGGAUUCUCACCACACCAACCACCAGCCACACCAUCUCUCUCUAGCCCCUCCUCCCACCAAAAUCCAAAAUUUUCAUCGCACCAAAUCAUCCACUCCUCACUUUUCCCACAAGCAAAUCCAAUCUUUUCAACCACAUUGUUGUCACCAACAUCCUCCUUCCCUCCCUUUUGCAACCAAUCAUCCACCCAAAUCCACCUUUCUUUUCUUUUUUCUGCCCAAAAUUGAACCCUUCUCACUGCAUUCUCCGUGAAUCCAAUCCACUGUGCCCAAAGUUGCUAGCGUUGCCAAUGUGUGCUCUGCAAAACCCAAUCGUUACCGCCCAAUUCUGCUCAAAAUCCUCCGUACUUGCCUCUGUUUGUGUCAAGAAAAUCCAAGCUUGAUGCUGUUUGCGCUGCGGAAUCCGACCUAGGGUGCUUAAUUCUGCUCAAGAACGCGAGGAGGUCCACCAAUUCGCGAGGAGCAAGAAGUUGUGGAGUGGGGCUCCUGCUCCUCGCCCUCCGGCGACUCCCAUGUCGGACUCGCAGCUGUCCCAGAGCACGGUGGUGUUCGGGCUCCGCAUGUGGGUGCUCGUCGGCAUCAGCGUCGGCGCCGCCUUCGUGCUGCUGCUCGUCCUCAUCUCCGUCCUCUGCCUCCUCGCCUUCCGCCAGAGGCGGCGGCGGCAGCGGCCGACCAACCCCGUCCACCACCUCCCCACCACCGACCCGCCCAAGAACGCCACCAAGGUCAAGGCGCCGCCCACGGACAUUCAAGAAGUCAACUCCCACACCGCCGCCGCCGCGAAGACGCCGCUCGCCCAGGUGCUCCAGCUCCCCACGCCACCGCCCGCUCCGCCUCCGGACUCGGUCCAGAUCGCGACCGGCAGGGAGCACGGCAUCACGUACCCGGAGCAGCAGCAGCACCACAACCAACGGAGCGACGGGCCUUCGUCACACGGCAGCGGCGGACGUGGCACCGCGGACCACGCGCCUCCGGCGGUGCCGGAGGUGUCCCACCUCGGGUGGGGCCACUGGUACACGCUCAAGGAGCUGGAGGCGGCGACGGGGAUGUUCGCCGACGAGAACGUGAUCGGCGAGGGCGGGUACGGGAUCGUGUACCAUGGCGUGCUCGAGAACGGCACGCAGGUCGCCGUCAAGAACUUGCUCAAUAACAGGGGACAGGCAGAGAGGGAAUUCAAGGUCGAGGUUGAAGCGAUUGGGCGUGUGCGUCACAAGAACCUCGUGCGCCUUCUAGGAUACUGUGCCGAGGGUAAUCAGAGGAUGCUUGUGUAUGAGUAUGUUGACAAUGGGAACUUGGAACAAUGGCUCCAUGGGGAUGUUGGGCCCGUAAGCCCUCUUACAUGGGAUCACAGGAUGAAGAUUAUACUGGGAACAGCAAAAGGGUUAAUGUAUUUGCAUGAGGGACUUGAGCCAAAGGUGGUUCACCGUGAUGUCAAGUCAAGCAACAUCCUUCUCAACAAGCACUGGAAUCCUAAGCUCUCAGAUUUCGGACUAGCAAAGCUUCUUGGUUCAGAGAGGAGUUACGUCACUACGCGAGUUAUGGGAACUUUCGGAUAUGUUGCUCCGGAGUAUGCAGGGACUGGAAUGUUGAAUGAAACAAGUGAUGUAUAUAGUUUUGGGAUUCUUAUUAUGGAAAUAAUAUCUGGUAGGGUACCGGUGGAUUAUAACAGGCCACCAGGAGAGGUUAAUUUAGUUGAUUGGCUCAAGACGAUGGUAAGCAACCGAAAUUCUGAUGGAGUUGUUGAUCCAAAGAUCCCCCAGAAGCCAACUUCUAGAGCACUGAAGAAGGCCUUGCUUGUGGCGUUGCGAUGUGUAGACCCUGAUGCUUGUAAGAGGCCAAGGAUUGGACAUGUCAUUCACAUGCUUGAAGUGGAUGAUUUCCCAUACAGAGACGAACGCCGAGGUGGUAGAGCCCCAGAGCAAGCAAGAUUGCCAGAGAAAUCGGCAGGUGGAACAAGCGAUCAUGAGACUGACAGUAGUGGGAACAAUGGUGCAACACAAGCUGAACCCUUUAGUUGGAGAAACCCAGAGGCCUAGAUAUUCGUGGAUUACUGAAUCAGAAAAUCAAAUCCUCAUGAUUUGUGAACAAGAACAGUAUCCAGUAAAGUCGCGAACUGUUCAUUUUCUGCCUUAAACAGUUUGGGCAGAAUCCAUGGAUAUCAUCACAACAUCUGUACAUGUCAAAAAGGAAUAUUCUAGCCCUACUAAUUUUUCUUGGUUAUUUAUCUAGGUAGAGAUAUUUUUGUAUGAUGGAGAUGUACCAUUUAAGUUAACAAUGGAAGUUUAUUAAAUCCCUCAGGCAGCUUUGGUUAAGAAAUGGGCAGUUGCUUCUUGUGUCCUUUGCUGAACUUGCCACGCUGUAAUUUUGGAUGUUUUGAUGCCAAGUCAGCAAUUUGGAUGCAAAUGUGAAUAAGCAUCUAUUUAGA